AUGUAUGUGUCUAAACAUAAACCGGCUGCCUCGAAAACUCAAAACUCGUUAGAUAAACUCCGUUUCUUUUCAAGAAAUCGACGUGAAUUCCUUAUAACUCAAGUAAAAGUGACACUAAUACCAAUACCAUUUUCAAUACCAACACCAACAACAACAACUUUACCACCGACAGCAACACAAACACCAAUACCAGCACUAACACCUACAGCAACACCAACAACAACAACAACACCAACAACAACACCAACAAACAACACCAACAGCAACACUAACAUUAAAUCAACACGAACACCUACAGCAAAAGUGACACUAAUACCAAUACCAACACCAACAACACCAAGAUCAGCACCGACAACAACACAAACACCAAUACCACCACAUACACCUACACCAACAUCACCAAUAUCAAUACGAAAACCAACAAUGACAAUAACAACACCAGGAAACACUCACACCAACAAAACCAACAACACUAACACCGACACCAAUACCAACACACAAAAAGAAAAACCGACAACAACACUAACACCAAUAUCACCACUAACACCUACACCAACACCAACACAAAAAUUAAGAAUAGCAACACUUACACCUUCAACAACAACACCAAUAUCAAUACGAAAACCAACAAUAAUAACAACAACACCAGCAAACAACAUCAGCAGCAGCAAUCAUACUAUUGAAAUAAGGAACCACUUCAAUAAGGAUAUUUAA